AUGCAAGCUUGGCUUUCGGUAUGCGAGGGUUGGAAGGCCGGACACGGUGACUGGAUAAUCGAGCUUUUGCAAGAUCAACGCCAUGUGCCUGAACGACAAGCAUCUGAAUCCGGGGCGGACGGAAUUUUCAUCCCUUCUUUGGGUGUGCCAGAACGACCAACAUCCAAGUCCGUAGCUGAUUCGACUGGCCGAGGGGUAUCCGGGCGAGGUGUACCGUCGAAGGCCAAAGAAUUAGCAUUUCGAGGGGAACCACUAUCGGAGAUUAUCCCGGGACCAGAUGACUUUAGUCCAAUCCUUAUAUUGGAUGCGCCUGAUCGACUAGCGUCCAAAGUUGGGACUUCCCGCUUAGCGCCAUCUCCAGAUGUGCCUGAACGACAAGCAUCUGAAUCCGGGGCGGACGGAAUCUUCAUCCCUCCUUUGGAUGUGCCAGAACGACCAACAUCCAAGUCCGGAAAGUUCGAAUCUGCUUUAUUCAACAUUUCGCUAAGACCCUGUACUUUGACUUUCGCUAAUCUCUUUCCUUCAUCGCCGUUCUUCAACGAAUGGUUAACCCAUUGA